CUCGCGUCCGUUCGGCUCGCGUUUUGGCUUCAUCUUAUCUCAUCCUCAGUCCUCACACGUCCGUUUCCUCAAUCCUUAUCUCUUCCUCUCUCUCCCUCACUCACUCCUACACGGGAUCCAGAAGCUGGUGGAUUUGCCUGGGGCAUGAUCGAUCGUGGUCGUGGCUUGCUACUGCUGCUGCUCGGAGUAGCGCAAGUGGGUGUUGCUGCUGCUGCUCGGAGCGGCGCAAGUGCUGCUGCUGCUGGCGCAAGAAGCUUGCUACUACUGCUCAGAGCGACGCAAUUGGUUGCUGCUGCUGCUGCUCAGAGCGGCACAAGUGCUGCUACUGCUGGCACAAGUGCUGCUUGGAGCGGCGCAAGUGGGUGCAGAGGCCGGCUUGAUGCUGUUGCUCGGAGCGGCGCAAGUGAGUGUGGAGGCUGGCUUACUGCUGAUGCUCGGAGCAGCGCAAGUGCUACUGCUGCUGCUAGUUUUAGUCUUUAUUUGGUGGAUGGAGCAGUAACUGAUGAGAGCGGCUCAAGCGAGCAGUGGAGGUUGACGGAGGAGCGGGCACGGCAGCAGUAUCAGCAGCCGAGCAGGCUGAAAAUCGAGUUGGCUCGUUUAUUUAUUUUUGGCUUAGGAACCUUUUUCAGUGUCUAUUGGAGGCAUAAACCAGCACUAAACAAAACUUUCAGUGUCGAAUUCAGACCCGACAUUGUCUAUCAAUACUAAAUAAAGAGUGACGAUUUAAAAAUAA